GUGUGUGUGAGUGAAAAAAAAUAUUUGCAGUAAAACGAAAACAAUACAUAAAAUUAAGGAAGAAAAAAUCGAAAAUAAACAUAUUUUAAUAAUUAUCUUGCCUAAAUUUCGUAAACAAAAAUGAAUUUAAUUAAUGGCAUUAAAUUGUAUAUAGAAAAAAUGUGCUCGGAAUCGGGGCCGGGCAUGAAAACUAUGCUAUUGGAUAAAGAAACGACCAGUAUUAUAUCUAUGGCAUUUUCACAAUCGGAUAUGUUGCAACGGGAGGUGUAUCUGUUUGAACGUAUUGAUUCGGGACGUUCCAAUGAGCGCAUGAAAUAUCUAAAAUGUAUUGUUUUUAUUAGGCCAACUAAGCAAAAUAUACAGCUAUUGGCCCAAGAGUUAAGGAGUCCGAAAUAUGGUUCAUAUUUUUUGUAUUUCAGCAACAUUAUACCCCGCACCGACAUCAAAUACUUGGCUGAGUGCGAUGAAAGCGAAUCGGUGCGUGAAGUAAAAGAAUUAUAUGCCGACUAUUUGGGUGUUAAUCCCAAUUUAUUUUCCCUUAACAUUCCUGUCUGCAUGCAGAGACUCAAUUGGUUGCCAGAAGCUUUAACACGUUCCGUACAGGGCAUCGUUUCGGUCUUGCUCUCACUGAAACUUAAUCCCGUUAUACGUUAUAGAGCAGGUUCAACGGCCGCACAAACAUUGGCUAAACAAGUGUUUGAACAAAUAACAAAGGAAUCCUCUUUGUUCGAUUUUCGUAAUCAUGAAAAUGGAGCAGCACCUCCUUUGCUUUUGAUUUUAGAUCGCAGAGACGAUCCAGUGACCCCUUUACUGCAUCAAUGGACCUAUCAGGCUAUGGUGCAUGAACUGUUAACCAUACGCAACAAUCGUGUGGAUUUGUCGGAAAAUCAGGGUGUUCCCAAAGACUUUAAGGAGCUGGUGUUGUCGGGAGAUCAAGAUGAAUUUUAUGCCAAAAAUAUGUAUGCCAAUUUUGGUGAAAUCGGUUCGACCAUUAAGAAUCUUAUGGAAGAAUUUCAGCGUAAAACUAAAGACCAAAAAAAGGUGGAAAGUAUUGCGGAUAUGAAAAAUUUCAUAGAAACUUAUCCGCAGUUUAAGAAAAUGUCGGGCACCGUGCAAAAGCAUUUGUGCAUAAUGGGUGAGCUGUCAUCGAUGACAACAAAACGUAAUCUCUUCGAGGUAUCAGAAUUGGAACAAGAAAUUGCCUGUAAAGCUGAACAUUCCCAACAAUUGCAACGCAUUAAAAAGCUAAUCGCUGAUGAACGCAUUUCCAUAGAAGAUGCUCUAAAAUUAGUGGCUUUAUAUGCCUUGCGCUAUGAACGCCAUGCUAAUUGUGAUACCUCCAGUUUAUUGCAAAUCCUUAAAAUGAGAGCUGGCCAAACUCACAUAAUACCCAGUCUUAUAGAAUAUGCUGGUACCCAUAUGCGUCAAGGAGAACUAUUUAAUUUGGUGCGCAUAACAGAUGCCGUCAAAUUGACACGUAAUCUUAUAAAGGGUUUAAAGGGUGUGGAAAAUGUUUUUACCCAACACACACCGCUGCUAAAAGAGACUUUAGAGGAUGUUUUCAAAGGUCGCGAAUUAGAUCCUAUCUAUCCAGCCAUAAAUUCAGAGCUAGUACCAUUCCGCCGUCCACCCCAAGAAGUUGUAGUGUUUAUUGUGGGAGGUACAACCUAUGAGGAAGCUUUGGCUGUUCAUCAAUUGAACAAUGUGGGCUAUCGUGUUAUAUUGGGCGGUACGACCAUUCAUAACUCUCAGAGUUUUGUUAAUGAAGUUUUGGCUGCCACCGAUGGUAUGCAAUUUAAGCAUACAAAAACUAUGUUAAAACAUUAUGCUUCGACAGAAAACUAUUAAGUUUUCAGACACUCGUAUAUUUAUACCAUUUUUUUAGAUAAAUUAUUAUACAGAUUCUUUAUAUAUUAAUGUAUUUAUAAAUAUUAUUAAAUAUAUGCAUACACGGUAUAUUUAUGUUAUACAAUUUAAAAUAUUAAUAUCAUUAAUGCAAACAGAUUAAACUAUUAUUUAUAAUCCCAUGCAACAAUAAAUAAUUCAAAAAAA